UCUCCUCCAGGCUGUCCCAGAAUCCAUGGCCAGAUGUAUGAGAUGAAGAUCAGGUUUCACAACAGCAUCACCCAGCUCCGGGUGGGACAGCGGCUGGAACUGGAGUGUCAGACUGACAAGAAGGACAGUGGCAUGUUCUGGGUCCACCAGGACAAGAGUGGGACCCUUCACUUCAUUGUCUUCAUCUCUUCCCUAUCCAAGAUCACCUUCAAGGGGAAUCAGAGAACAUCCACACGCUUCAAGGCCAGCAAAGACAACACUAUCUAUCGGUUGGUAGUGAAGUCUUUCACACAGCAGGAUGAGGGGAAUUAUUUCUGCCUCAUGAAUAUCAACCAAAUGCUGUACUUCAGCCCUGGUCUGCCUGCCUUCUUCCCAGUCAUCACCACACCAGGACUCAUCACCCAGCACAGCAUCACGGAAAAGGACCCCUGCAUCAAGACUCCAGAUCCAGAGAGAAAAUUGCAGGAAGAGCUGAAUUCCUUCUGUCACAUCUUCAUCUGGAUCCCCUUGACAGGCCUCUGCCUCCUGAUCCUCCAGCUCCUGAUGAUCACCAUCAUGCUGUGUCAACGUAAGACUCACCAGAACCCCCUCUAGAUCCACCUCUGGCCUGAAACCACAGCCCUGUCCCUCAGGGCCACAGAUGCUCCAGUGAUCUGUUUUGGGAGGCAUCAGAGAACCAGGACACAGGCAAGGCAAGAC